AUGCCAAUAGAGAAAGGAAGACAAUCUGCAGGCUUAAAGAUAUGGGACAUAGCUGGACAGGAAAGACUCCAAAGCCUUGGUGUGGCAUUUUAUCGUGGUGCAGAUUGUUGUGUUCUUGUGCAUGAUGUGACUGUGAUGAAGUCAUUUGAGAGUCUUAAUAAUUGGAAGGAAGAGUUUCUUAUUCAAGCUAGCACUUCUGAUCCAGAAAACAUGCCAUUUGUUGUUUUGGGAAACAAGAUCGAUGUUGAUGGGGGUAAUAGCAGAGUGUUUGAAACAUCUGCUAAAGAAGGGUUUAAUGUUGAAGCUGCUAGAGAAGGGUUCAAAAUGGAAACGCGUUUAGGGUUUUCAAAAUCUUACCUGCAUAAAGAACUCGAUCUCCUAAUCAAGCUUCAACAUAGUUCACCUGCAUCUGAAGUAGAACACACAGGAUCGAAAAUUGUUGAUGGUCGACGCGGUGCACCUCAGGGCUUCCUAGGGUUACACAUAGGAUCGAUUCCAUAUCAGUAG